AUGUCCGACGAAGAAAAAUACGAUGCACUUUUAAUGAAUAUUGCUUCACAACAUACAGGAGGAAUACAUGAAUUACUUGAUACAUUAUUUGGUUUUUUUGCACGUAAAACUGAUUUAUAUACAAGUCCAAAUGUUGAUCAGAAACCUGAAGAAUUAAUUUUACAAGCAUUUCAUAAAUGGGAAAAAGUUGCACUUGCAAAACAUAAGAAAGAUAAAGCAGAACGAGAUGAAGCUGAUCGUGUUCGACGUGAAAAAUUACGUCGUAAACGUGAAGAAGAAGAAGGUGAAAAAAAUGAAUCAUCACGUAUUGUUGAAGUUACAGAUGAAGAAGCUGAUAGAAUUACACGAGAAAAUGCUCAAGCAAAAGCACAAAAAAUGGUAUCAGAUAAUAAAGCUUCAGUUGUAAAAGAAACUGAAACAAAAGUUACUGAAUCUUCCGAUGCUAAAGAAGAAAAUAAGGAUGAAAAGAAAGAAGAUGAUGAUGAAAAUGAAGAAGAUAAAGGAAAAGAAAAACCAAAUACAGGUAAUGGAUGGACAGGACCUCAUUAUUCAUGGACACAAACACUUGAAGAAAUUGAUUUACGUGUUCCAAUUAAUAUUAGUGCUCGUGUAAAAUCUAAAGAUAUUAUUGUUAAAUUCGAUCGUAAGCAUUUAACUGUUGGUCUUCGUGGUCAUCCACCAAUUAUUGAUGGCGAAACAUUUGCUGAAUUGAAAAAAGAAGAUUCCAUCUGGACAUUAGAUGAUGGAAAACUUAUUCAUAUUGUUAUUGAAAAAGUUAAUAAAAUGGAAUGGUGGAGUCGUGUAGUAAAAUCUGAUCCUGAAAUUAAUACACGUAAAGUUCAACCAGAAAAUUCAAAAUUAUCUGAUUUGGAUGGUGAAACUCGAGGUAUGGUUGAAAAAAUGAUGUAUGAUCAACAUCGACGUGAAGCUGGUUUACCCACUUCUGAUGAACAAAAAAAACAAGAUAUGCUUCAAAAAUUUAUGGGUGCUCAUCCGGAAAUGGAUUUUAGUAAAUGCAAAUAUAAAAUGCCUAAACGUAAAACUGGGCAACGUAAAAAAGCUGAAAAGCAAAAAGAACGACAAAAAGUACUAGCAUCAGCUUAUAGCAAUAAACAAUUAGUUGAAUGGCCAUGCAAUUUCUUGAUGGAAUGUGAUAGAUGCAAAAAACAACAGAAAAAUCGUGCAUUUUGUUAUUUUUGUCAAGCUGUUCAAACAUUACCUGUUUGUGCACAAUGUGGAAAACAAAAAUGUCUAUCAAAAUCAGGUGAUUGUCUUGUUAAACAUGGUGUUAUACAUGCGACAGGUCUUCAAUUAGUGGGCGCUAUUUGUGAUUAUUGUGAAGCAUGGAUAUGUCAUUCAAAAAAAUGUUUAACAACACAUCCAUGUCAAUGUCCAUUACAAAAUGGUGAUUGUAUUGAAUGUAAUCGAAGUGUUUGGGAACAAGGUGGACGAGUUUUUCAAUGUUCAUUUUGUACUCAAUUUCUUUGUGAAGAUGAUCAAUUUGAACAUCAAGCAUCAUGUCAAGUACUAGAAUCAGAAAAUUAUAAAUGUGCAUCUUGUAGUAAACAUGGUCAGUGGUCAUGUUUAAGGUGUAAAGUAUGUUAUUGUGAUGAACAUAUAAAACGACGUGGUUUUAAAUAUACUCAAGGUGAAGCAUAUCCAUGUCCUAAAUGUAAUUUUCCAACAAAAGAAACGAAAGAUUUAGCUAUGUCAACUCGCGCUUAUGAUUAUGGAAGAAAAACUGAAAAGGGUUAUGGAGAUAUAGACGAGGAAGAAGAAGAGACUACGUUAGGCAUGACUGGUGGGUGUGAUUAUUUUACACGUGGUGAUGGUAGUCGAAAUUUCACAUUUGGCGGAAAAGCUAUUGAAGAGCGAGCGCCAAGAGAUGAAGAUGACAGCGACGAAGAUGAAGAUGAUGAUGAUGAUGAGGACGAUGAAGAUGAUGACGAUGAUGAUGAAGAAGAUGAUGAGGAGGAGGAGGAGGAAGAUGGUGAUGAUAAUAAUGAAGGCAAAGAAGAAAAUGAAAAAUCACCCGAACAACAAUAA